AUGAAUGCACAAGGAAGUGGAUUAUUCGGCCAUCAACAUGAGCCCGAGCGUCUCGCUAGUGCCAUUUCUCACAUCGAAAAUAAAGCGCUCGAUGUAAAAACAAAUAUUGAGCAGCUUCUUUUUAUGCUUGAUCUACAGGAAGAAGUGGAAUGGCCAGAUAUGUUAGACAAAUUUUCAUCGCUUGCUAGUGCAAUGACUCAGUUACAAUUUAUAUUAAAAAAAUCGGCGCUUCCAUCCGGUUUCGAAGAUUUUGGGCUUUUUUUGAGAACUCAUCAAGCCACUUCAAAUCGUAUUCACUGUUGGAAUCAUGAUGCUGCUCCAGAUUAUUUACGCACAAAAUUAACUCCUGAAGUGGAAGCCGACGAAUCACACAUUGAUAACGAGAAGAACACGAGAACAUUUGAUCAGGUUAAUAAACAAAUAUUGGCAAUGAACAAACAUGUAGAGACGUUAUUGGCAUCUAUGGCUGAGAAUGCUCGUAGUCAAGCAGAAAUACAGCAAGAUAUACCUACCUAUAGCAAUCAGGACACUCAAAAGUUGGUGAGAGCUGUUGUGAAUGGAGAAGGACUGCGUCCAUCAAAAACUCUUGCUCCAACCGAAGGUAGCCUUACAGGAAGCUCUGUCAGUGGGUCACAUGGAACUACUGUUCGACCACCAGGAACGACGGCAUCUCCACAACAAAGGCGAUAA